AUGUCGGACAACUCCAAUACAACAUCGCUGGUGCCUCCUGAACCAGAUGAGCAAGAUGCGCUGCGCGAACUGAACCGCUCUCCUCAUCCUUAUCACCAUCAGAGCUCGGAAUUGCCGCAUGCAUCGGAGCCUUUGAACCCAGGCAAUGUGUCCCCACGACCAGAUGAUGAUGCUGCACCCUCGUCGCCGACAGCUUUUCCAGCGUUUUCGAAAGAGUCAACACCUGGAAGUGAGAGCGGGACAGAGGCCGAUGAUGAACAUUUUCUAAAGGGGCUCCCGGCGCCGAGGACCAAGCUCCAUAAGGGAUUGAGGGAUCAUGACGAGCCCAUAUCUGGUCUGACGACUCCUGUGCCGUCACCGGCCACAUUGGAAGAAGAUCAUAUACAGAGCAUAUCACAAAGACUUUCGUCAAAGGAAGAUCGGACCAAGGAGCGGCCGCUCGACGUUUUGCGACGAAAUAAGGUUUUGGUGCGCCGUGCGACUGAAGUGGCCAUUGUCGCGUCACUAGGGUAUAUCGUGGUAGCCAGCUACCACGUCUCGCCGCUGUUGCGCACUUGGAGAAGAGAUUUCCAAUUACUGGGUCUGUUAUACUCGGCACUGUUGGUUCUGUAUCCACUGAGAGUCGUGGCCUGGUCGUACAGAGCAAGACGAACGUCAACCUCAAGAUGGAUUCCACUCCGAAUACCAACCAACUUCGACCCCGCCCCCUUGUUAUACCCUCCAGCAAUCACCACCUUUGUCUCGCUCUUGGUUGCCCGAAGCAACCCAGGAACCAUCCUGCCUAGCAUAGUCUUGAGCAUCAGCUCCUUGCCGCAGGCGUUGAUACCCAAAUUCGAUCCGAAUGCCUCUUACGACACGCUGCACUGGGCAUUGUCAUGCCUGCCUCUCAUCUGGGGCCCCGGGAUGGACCCAUCUAGAUUCGACUCAACAUAUUCCUUCUUAUCGACCGAAGCAUUGGUCUUGUUAUACCCAGUUCACCAAACCCUGUGCAUUGUUUUGCACCACCUUACUACAACUAGCCUGUUGACGGCCGAGCUUCAACUGUUAUCUAUUGCAUUGAUCAACUUACUAAUACUGUCAGCGUCGCCUCAAGCAAAGAUUCUCAAGGGUGUCUUAUGGGGUGGUGGCCUGGCUGUGCUUGUGUUUUGUGGACCAGUCAUUAGAUGGGCCAUUGCGCUGGCGCGAGUUCCCAAAUGGCGGUUUAGACGACCGUCGAGUACACAAAAGUAUUGUUUAUGGAAAGACGCUCGCAAACUAUUUUCUUGGCACCGGAUCAAGAGUGAUUUAGUGGCCGGAACUGUAUACGAAGACAGCUACUAUGAGACAGCAUCAUCGGUAGACGAAGAGGAUGACAUCCCAAUCUUCCGGGGCCCUCUCCGGGUCCAAACCAUCGGACCUAUCGCUGAUGCUAAGAACAAAAUCGGCUCUGUUGGUACCUCGGGCGUGGCUUCACCCGACGACAUCAGUGGCGGCAUCUCCCGACGGCAUAGUAUGCCAUAUGCUAACCAACACCGAAAACGAUCGACACAUACUCCAUCUGGUCGACGAAAGCGAGCCACAUCACUUUCAUUGCGUCCCUACAUCAGACUAACACAAGGGCAAGCUACUGUGCGGAAAUGGGCUUACGCAGCAUAUGUGCAAUUAACCAUUGUCGGAAUCAUACUGGUCGGCGUGCGGACGUAUGUCGAGAAAUUUGUGCUCAACGGCCAGGAACCAAUUGGCUGGGCUCUGGGCUAUCUGUUCGGAAACUUACCAUGGUUUCGAUUUCAAGUUGUUAGUGCCAAUCUUGAGCGGUGGAUUUGUCUGCCUGCGCGAUCCGCAGAAAAAGAAUGCCAUCUUGGCUGGGUCCAACACCUACGACACGACGACUUUGGCGAGGCCAACACCCGUCUAAUUCUCAGCGCGUACUGGCUUGUCAUUAUCCUCUUUGGCCUAGUUGUCGUGUUUCAACUCAAAGACACAUACGAAGUCGAUACCCGACGCAAAGUAUUCCACUUUAUGAUGGUGGGAAUGUUUCUCCCAGCUUUAUAUGUCGACCCAACCUACGCCAGCCUCGCACUCUCUCUUAUCCUCGCCGCGUUCCUGAUCCUCGACCUUCUCCGUGCGAGCCAACUUCCACCGCUAUCAAAACCAAUUGCCUCAUUUCUCGCCCCUUACGUGGAUGGCAGGGACUUUCGCGGGCCGGUUGUCAUUUCCCACAUCUUCCUUCUAAUCGGCUGCGCAAUCCCACUGUGGCUCUCUCUAGCUUCGCUCUCCCGCACGGGCAUAGGCUGCCUAUCAGGUUGGGAAGUGCCUACCAGAGACGUCAGCAUGGUAUCCGGCGUUAUAUGCGUUGGGCUCGGUGAUGCUGCAGCGUCACUGAUUGGCCGUCGCUAUGGACGCAGGAAAUGGCUCUGGGGCGGAGGGAAAAGUCUCGAAGGCAGUUUGGCUUUCGCUGUUGCGGUGUUUAUAGGUCUCGCUGCGGCGGCGACGUGGCUACGUGUUGGAGGAUGGCCGAUGACGGACGAACCGGCUGGGCUGUCUGUCAGUGUGCGGAAUGCGGGCAUCUGUGCGUCCAUGGGCAGUCUAACUGAGGCUGUUUUGACGGGAGGUAAUGAUAAUGUGAUUGUGCCUGUGGUGUUGUGGACGUGUGUGAAGAGUCUCGGUAUAUAA